UGCAAUUUACGCGGCUUUUUUUACAUACCUGUAUAAUUUUGUUUAUGACUUGUGACAUAAAAACCACUGAGUAUUUAAGCAUUAUAUAAAUAACAGUAGAUAUUAUUAUUUACUUGUUUUUAGAUAUAAAACAACAAUUAAAAGAAAUCUAAAAUGCAGUGUCUUCUUAGAGUGUCAUCGUCUGCUCGUCGAAUAGUUUUAACCCAACAAUUACAUACGACAACAGCACAAUGUGAAGCUCAGAAUACGGAAAAGACUAUCAAUCAAGUCACAUUAUUGGGGAGAGUUGGAGCUGAUCCUCAGAAACGUGGAUCUGAAGAACAUCCAGUCAUAAAUUUUCCACUCGCAACUCAUUUCAGCUAUAAAUAUGAGUCAGGUGAUAUAUUACAACGAACAGACUGGCACAGAGUGAGUGUUUUCCGGCCUGGGCUUCGUGACACUGUUUACAAGUAUUUAAAAAAAGGUCAGAGGGUUUAUGUCACUGGUAAAUUAUCGUAUGGCGAAAUAAAAUUAGACGAUGGACAAGUAAGAACAGCAUCAACAGUAAUUGCAGAUGAUAUAAUAUUUUUUCAGAGUCAACCUCAAAAUAGUUGAAAUCCUUAUAAAUAACAUCCAUAUAAAUCAUAGCUGUUAUUAGUAUUUAAGCAUGAGUAAAUGUGAUUAAUUACACAUAUUUAGAUU